GUUGGGUCCCCUCCGGUCCCCAGGGACGGCGACGACGAUGACGGCGGCGACGGCGAGGCCACCAGCUCCCCGCCGCCGCUCCUCGCCCCGAAACCGCCCCCUCCCGAAGACGACGAGGAGGAGGCCGAAGGCAGCGGCGAGGACCUCCCCCCCCGCCCCCACCGCUGCGGCGACUGCGGCAAAGCCUUCGCCCAGAGCUCCAACCUCCUGAAGCACCGGCGGGUGCACACCGGCGAGCGGCCCUACCGCUGCGGCCAGUGCGGGAAGACCUUCGGCUGGAGCUCCUCCCUCCUGGAGCACCUCAAAGGCCACGCCGGCGCCCGGCCCCACGCCUGCGGCGAGUGCGGCAAAGCCUUCAGCCGCGGCUCCACCCUCCUGGAGCACCAACGCACCCACACCGGCGAGAAACCCUACCGGUGCUCGCAGUGCGGCGCGCGCUUCAGCCAGAGCUCCACCUUGGUCCACCACCGGCGCACCCACACCGGCGAGCGGCCCUACGGCUGCCCCGAGUGCGGGAGGGCCUUCGGGCGCAAGUCCACCUUGGCCACCCACCGGCGGACCCACACGGGGGAGAGGCCCUACGGGUGCGGCGAGUGCGGGCGCCGCUUCGCCGUCAGCUCCGACUUGGCCAAGCACCGGCGGGCCCGAGGUGGGCAGCGGCCUCACCGGUGCGAAGAGUGCGGCCAAGCCUUCCGCCACGCCGCCACCCUCCUCCUCCACCGGCAGACCCACGCCGGCUCCAAACCCUACAAGUGCCCCGAGUGCGGCAAAGCCUUCGGGCAGAGCUCCAAGCUCCUCCGGCACCAGGUGACCCACACCGGCGAGAAGCCCUACAAGUGCCCCGAGUGCGGCAAGAUCUUCAGCCAGAGCUCCAACCUGGCCGAGCACCGGCGGACCCACGGCGCCGCCCGGCGUCACUUCUGCCCGCUCUGCGGCAAGGGCUUCGCCCUCGGCUCCUACCUGGCCAAGCACCGGCUCACCCACACCGGCGAGCGGCCCUACCGCUGCACCGAGUGCGGCAAGAGCUUCCGGCAGAGCUCCAACCUCAUCCAGCACCAGCGCACCCACACCGGCGAGCGGCCCUACACCUGCGGGCUCUGCGGCAAGAGCUUCUGCCAGAACUCCCACCUGGCCAAGCACCGGCGCACCCACACCGGCGAGCGGCCCUACCGCUGCGGGGACUGCGGGAAGAGCUUCCGGCAGAGCGCCAACCUCCUGGAGCACCGGCACACCCACACCGGCGAGCGGCCCUACCGCUGCGGCCAGUGCGGGAAGACCUUCGGCUGGAGCUCGGCCUUCAGCAAGCACCAGCGCACCCACCUGGCGUGAGGGCGGCGCCCGAACCGGCGCGGGACGGGGCCGUGGGGGUGGCCGAGGUUGUGGUUUGGGCUUGGAGAAACAUCUCGAGAAGGUCCGGGCCCAUCACGGUGGCCCAAAGCCAUGGUUUCCUCUUGGAGAACCAUCUCAAGACCUUCCAGGUCCAUCAUGGUAGCCCAAAGACAUGGUUUUGUCUAUGUUAUGGUGGCCCAAAGUCAUGAUUUCAUCUUGGAGAAUCAUCUCAAGGCCUUCCAGGUGGCCCAAAGUCAUGGUUUCAUCUUGGAGAACCAUCUCAAGACCUUCUAGGUCCGUCAUGGUAGCCCAAAGAUUCAAGUUUUUGUCUUGGAGAAUCAUCUCAUGAUCUUCAAGGUGGCCCAAAGCCGUGGUUUCAUCUUGGAGAACCAUCUCAGGACCUUCGAGGUCCAUCAAGGUGGCCCAAAGUCAUCGUUUCAUCUUGGAGAACCAUCUCAAGACCUUCGAGGUGGCCCAAAGGCAUGGUUUCAUUUUGGAGAACCAUCUCAAGACCUUCAGGGUGGCCCAAAGGCA